AUGGUGCCACCGGCCCUCAGCACGAGGUCUUCCUCAGAAAGCUUAUACAGCAACUCUUCAUCAGUCUGUAGUGCACCAGACAGGCUACCCCCAGCGAUAACAGGCCCCAUGGUAUGGCAAGGGAAUGAGCUCGAUCCAGCUGAAUAUGUCGUACAACUGAGUGAUGGGGAAAUACGAGAUAUCAGGGCCGCUAUUAUCAAAUUUAAGCUCACCGGGCUUGCACGCUCGGAAAUCAGCGCAAAGACAUUUGAUCUCGGCAAUCCAGAACUCGCCAACAAACUAUCGUCGCUGAGCAAAGACAUCCAUCUUGGUCGAGGAGUCGUUGUGCUACGAGGCCUCGAUACGGCCUACUUGAACGACGAAGAAGCAGUCAUUGCCUUUGUUGGCGUAUGCUCACAUAUUUGCCCGGAACGCGCCACAGAUUCCUACGCCAACCAGACGCUAAGCCACGUGCUGGAUGCGACUAAGAAGCCUGUGCCAGCAGAAUGCAGGGGCAUUGGGCUUGCAGGCUCAAAGGUCACGGCUGCCAUGGACUUUCACAGCGACCGGUUCUCUGGAGACGUGCUGGCAUUGUAUGUCCGCAACGACGGAGGUCCCGGGGCCGGCGGCAAGCAAUCUGUCGUUAGUUUUGCUCGCAUUUACAACGAGCUUCUGCAAUCAGACCCAGAGGUUCUGGAGACGCUGGCAGAACCGGAUUGGCCGUUUGAAUUGAAGAAGAAGGACGGCGCGCCUUACCUUGAACCGGGCCCGAUUCUCUUCUUCUCCCAGGGUAAACCCAUUUGCCAGCUUGUCAAAGCGCCUUUACUCGGCACGCCCAACCUACCGCGGGACGCGCAGCUCCCCCCGCUCAGUGCACGGCAACACCGCGCCCUGGCGGCGGUGGAACGGCUCGCCAAGCAGUUUAGCACGCAACUUGACCGUCAGCCGGGUGACAUCCAGCUUGUGCACAAUCUGUCCGUCAUGCAUGCGCGUUCCGAGUACCGCGGCGCUAGGCGUAGCAAGAAUAGUCACAGCAGCAGUAGCAGCAGCAGCAGCAGCAUGAGGAGAAUGAGGAGUAGCAGUAACAAGCACAUCAAGGAAACCCAUGACGAUGACGACGAGGACGCGCCCAGCACUCGCCAUCUCCUGCGCAUGUUCCUUCGCGACCCCACACAUGCCUGGGCCAAGCCGCAUACUACCAGCACCACUGCCGACUUGAGGGCUCCAGACACAACCGCUAGCACUACUAAAAACAGCUUCGACGAUCCCUUUGAGCCUGGCAGACCGCAGAACCUUCCCGUCUUCGAUACAGACCCCUGGCGCAUUAUUAGUGGCCGCGAGAGCCACGGCUAGUCUACAGUAGUGUGUGUGUGUGUGUGUGUCUUGCUGGCCGGCCUACUGCCUAGGCAGCAUGCUACCAUACAUACAUACAUACAUACAUACAUACACCAUACAUACAUAUGUAUGCUGUAUGUACGACAACGAAUUCG